AUGCAGAAGCGUGAGUUCAUGGAGUUGUUCGAGGCAGCACUUAGAGCGGCUAAGUCUGUGAAAGGUGAUGAGAAUUCUCCAGAGGUAUCGAGGUUUGUCGAUGCCAUGAAUCGUUUGAAGGAAGCACCCAAGUCACUUGUUUGUGACGUGGUCUGCAAAACCUCCAUGGGGCAGGGUUUGGAAUUCUUCAUCGAUCACAAAAACCCUAAAAUUCGAUCGGAAGGAAGGAUUCUUCGGGAUCUUUGGAUGAAGUUUUUUUACGCUUCAGGUAGAGAAAAGAGCCGUGAUAAUAGAGAAGCUGCGGUGAAGAUCCCGACGCACGCAACGAUGAAGAAGACUGGAGAUUCAAAGCGAGACAAAGUGCGUGAGAUUCUACAAACAUCUUUGGCUAAAGUCGCUUCUGAGGUUGUUGACACGGAGAUGAAGACACGAGUGACUGCUUGUGAUCCUUGGGUUGUGGCUGUAUCUGUGGAAACUGCAAUGUUUGAGAACUUAGGUUGUUUCAUGGGACCUCAAAAAGCAAAGUACCGGUCUAUUCUGUUCAACAUGGGAGAUAGUAACAAUCCAGAUUUGAGGAGGAAAGUGUUACUUGGUGAGAUUAGUGGGGAGAGAUUAGUGAAGAUGGAGAAGGAAGAGAUGGGGAGUUCUUGGUACACCAAUUCGAGAAGAAAUCCGUUGUAUGAAUCCACGCAUUACACAGAUUUCAGGUUUCCGCAGAUAAAGGCACAUCUGUGGCACAAGGUUCGUGUCUUUUCUCUUUUUACAUACAUUCUUGAGAGAACCAAACGCUCAUUUACUUAA